AUGGACCUGGUCGAUCUUGACUUCUCCGAUACCCCCUCCUCGGCUCUAUCCCUGACAUUUGGCUCACCAACGCCCGAUGGGACCACUCAAUCCCUCCCUCUGACCCCCGGCUCAUACGACCAGUGGAUGCCCCUCGUCCCGGACGUGACGGGCAAGGUCACUCCCAAGGUUGCCGCUGCCCCGCUGGCUGUAGAGGAGGAAUCGACUUCUGCUCCGCAACACGAGGAGGACACGGUGAGCGAGGCUGAGACUGCUUCGCCCGAAAAGUUUCAGGAGGAGCCGGAAGCGCCGGAACCGGACGAGCCAUCCACCAGCCAGGCGGCGGCAAGCGAGAGCGGCGAAUCAACCUCCUCCCACCUUCGCGCAGCCGCUGCACCCUUCCAGCACAAGUCCCCCUCGCCCUCGCAGAGCAAAUCGCUCCGUGUAGUGUCGACUACAUCGCCGCCAUCCUUCUUUUCCGACCGCGCCGAUGACGGAUCGCAGUCCGCUCUCUCCAUCCCUACCAGUCCUCAAUAUGGCAUCGUCUACCAGCCAUUCUUUUACGGCGAGGCCGGUUACGAAGCCGCGGACGUCGCCCAGGCCGCUGCCCUGUCCCCCUCGGCGGCUCCCUUCCAGCUUCCUCCCGGAAGUAAGCCGAUCCGAAUCACCUCCCCCUCCCCUACCAAAUCCUCACCCACAAAAAAGGUCACCCCCGCCCAAGUCCCCCUGCCUGAUUCACAACCUUCCUCGGCGCCUUCCCGGAUCGUAGCGCCCGAGCGCGCGGAGACGCCCAUCACGCAUCUCGCUCGGACCAUGUCGGGGAUCUCCAUCACCGAGGGCUCUAUCCGGGUCGUAGGGGAAGACGCGCCAUCGGACGCGAGCGACGGUCCCCAGACACCCGCGCUCAUCAAGCCUCAGACGGCGGAUAUACCAAUGUCCGAGGAGCAAGCUAAGGUGGAGCUGGAGGGCUUGAUGGACAGCUUUGACGAAGUCGCCGAGAUGGAGCAGCAGCUGGCCAAGUACGUGGAUGCGUAUAGCUUGUUCAAGGGCGGGAUCGAUGAGGUGGUGGCGAGACUCCGGUACAACCUUGCUGGUCAUACCUGCUCCAACAUUACCCACUCGGAUGAGCUCCACGCGGCCCGCCAACAAAUCAUCACCCUCCAAACUCAGCUUGGUGCCAAACUGCAACGCGAGAAGGAGGUCUUGGCGGCCGCAGCAAAGGUUCCCGGUCUCGAGGACAGGCUCGUCAAACUCGAAGCGACUGCCCAAGAGGCGAAGCUCAAGGAGGAGCUCUGGCGCAACAAGCUGGAGAAGGUGCGAGAUCGGUACGAAGCCCUCGAAGCGGACCGCGGUCAUUGGCAUCAGCGAGAACAGGAACUCGGCAAGCAGUUUUUAGAACUCGAGGAUCAGCUGCAUCAGUCCACCAACGAGAUCGGCAGGUUGAAGGCGAAGGCACCGGCGACCUUUGCCGUGGUCAUGGUGGAGUUUACUGUCUCUGUCAUCGACAGCUCCUUUAUCAGUCGUGGAUUCGAAGGAGGAUCCGAACUAGGCCGGAACAUCGCCGCGGCAUCGCCAAAGGGGGAGCACCUCCUCGUCGUGCACAUCUUUCUCAACGUUCCUGAGCUCAGAAAGAAGCUCAUACAGAACGGUACUAUUCAACGGGAAGCCGACCUUCACGACUUUCUUGAUGGCUUCCGCUCGAUCAGCGGGCUGUUUACCGUCAUUGAUGCGGACUCCCCUUCAACCAAGAUACAAGACCACCUCAAACUGUACAGGCUCUUAGGCGCCGUCCAGAUCAUCCUCGCAAGCCGAAGUGGCAAGCCGUACCAAGACCUCAUCGAGUCGGCGAGCGCUUCCGGUCGAAAGGAGGUCUACGCAGUGCGCGGUGAUGGUCCGGACCCAUUCAUAUUCAUCGGCGAGGACCAUCUCGUCUCCAUCUCUGGUCUGAUGGGUACGAGCGAGGCGCGGGAGACAAACACCCCUGCACCUCGACCCGUCGAUACGCCUACAGCUCGACCGGCCGAUACGCCUGCUGCUCCCGUCGAGACCCCUGCAGCUCGACCAAUCGCUACUCCCGCCACCCGACCGGUCGACACCCCCGCGUCCGUCACUACCGCCCCAUCUCGCGGCCGACGCACUCCACCGCACAUGAUGCGAUCCCUCUCCAUCUCCUCGGCCGGGACGGAAACGGGAAGCCGGGUCAUGUCGCCUCCCAGCCGGACUCAGCACAUACCAUCCAUCCCUCCGACGCCGGCCGCAAUCGCCCCUGCCCCAUGGGCUCAGACGCGCGCCAGCGCCCCUCCACCCGUCACCCCUGCCUCCAAACUGCCUUGGUGGCAACAAGGCAAUACCCUGAACGAUCAAGUUCAAUCGGGGCAGAUCAAAUCCUCAGUCCCCUCCACACCGGCCGACGACCCCACACCAAAACGCCCUGCACAAACCACUCGUAGCCGAGGCCUCACCAUCCCCGUCGACGACCUCGGCUCGCUCGCUGGCAGCCCACCCGACAGCGACGAGGACCACCCCAAUGUCAACCUCCCUCAUUCUGCCGUCAAGUGGGUACAACGUCCCGUGGCAUAUAAUCAAGACGCUUACCCAGCCAGCUCCACCAGAUCCCGAUCCGAGUCCAUCUCGUCCUCAUCGGUCGGCGGCGGUCCUUCCCACGCCGGCAGGGUGGCGGCGCAGAAUGCGCAAGCUGCUCGCAUUGCCGCGCUGGAAGCGCAGGAGCGGCAGGAGCGCGCGGGGAGUCGAAGUGUCUCGAGCGGCGCAAGGCCACCGGUCAAUAUCAAGGGACGAGGCGGUACGGGAACGAUGUUCGGGUUUGGCGGUCAGGGGAGGGGUUAG